ACGAAAACGUUCCGAAAAUGUUCCUGAAAACGAAACAGACCACGGCUCCACUGCCAAAACCUCCGACCGAGGAACAGAUGCUGGAGGAUCUACAGUUGUACCACGAAACGAAACCACUAACCAGUGCGACGGGACAGACGGCCGAAAGCACGGACCAGUCGGGUGAGGCCAACAACAUAAACGAUUGGUGGAAACUGUUCGAGGCAACGCUGGAAGAUCACCGAGAAUUCCAACACAUUAAGCAGAGUUUGGAAGAAAUGCGUAAAAAGGUGCAGCAUACGGAAAGUGAAUUGCAAGCCGCUUGUGACGCAAUCCAGCACCAGCUCGACCACGAUCUGGAACGGUUACGCACUACCAUGAACGGGUAGGGCUUUCGGAAUGGGAAGGCCAGUGAAGCGCUUCGGAACGCAAUGUUGGUUGAAAAUAUUGUAUUUAUAUUUGUAAAAUAAAACGCUAAGC